UUAGUUCAUACAUACCUUUUACUAAAGCUGGUGGUGUAUGAUUUGUUUAAACGUUAGUAGAUUAUUUUAGUAUCACUUAGGAGACACCAGACAUUUUUCCAAGAUGGUUUUCUCAAUGGACAAAUGGAUGGGUAAAAUUGCUAUAAUAACAGGUGCCAGUUCUGGAAUUGGUGCUGCUAUUGCAGACGCUCUUGUCGAAGAAGGCUUAACCGUCGUUGGGGUUGCCCGUCGUUCUGAACGUAUCGAAAAGCGGGCAAAACAACUCUCAACGAAAAAAGGAAAACUUUAUUCCUUUAAAGCCGAUGUGACUAAAGAAGACGAUGUUCUUAAAGUUUUCGAAUGGACCAAAAACAAUCUAGGAAUUGUCCACGUUCUCAUCAACAAUGCGGGAAAAGGCGCUGGUAAUAAUCUAACGGAAGGAAAAACCGAGGAGUGGAAAUCAGUUCUUGAUUUAAAUGUUUUGGCUCUAUGUACUAUGACAAGAGAGGCGGUCAAAUUUAUGAAAGAGAACAAAAUAAAUGGGCAUAUUAUACACAUCAAUAGCAUUUUUGGUCACAGGGUAUAUGAUAUUCCGAAUGUGAAUGUCUACCCUGCAUCGAAACAUGCUAUAACGGCAUUAAGUGAAACAUUAAGACACGAAUUAAAGCAUCAAGGGCUUAAAAUCAAAGUGACUAGUAUUAGUCCUGGUUUGGUUGAAAGUGAGCUGACUACGCUGAAUGAAAAUAUUACCCCUGAAAGAAAACUCUAUUUGGAAAGUAGAGCUGUCUUGAAAGGUGAAGAUAUUGCUGAUGGUGUAGUUUAUGUUUUAUCAACACCAGAACAUGUCCAAAUUGAGGAACUUACGAUUAGGCCAAUUGGAGAAAUGUUUUGA